AUGAAUAAUUAACAAACAAUUUCAAAUAACUUAAUGGAAGAAUAAGUAGUAGAGGAUCAAUCAUAUGAAUAGGAAGAGGAUGAAGAUUUAGAAUAAUAUACUCAGCAAUAAAACCUAAAAUAGUUAUUAAAGAACUCAGGUAUUUCAAAAAAACUCAAUAAUUUUUAGAUUCUUUUAUGUAACAGAUCAAUUAAUUGAAUGAAUAGUCAAUUGUUAAAAUAAAAUAAUAGAAAUACAAGGAGGCUUUAAAAUUAUUAUAAUAAUCUGAAUAGAUGUUAGAAGUAUAAUAGAUUUUAAUAAAUAUAGUUUGCUGCAAGUUGUGGUAAAGUCAUUGACAGGAACCUUAUUAUAAUAAUAUUAUAUAAUUAAGCUUGUACUUAUUAAUGGUAAAAAGUAUGUUUUUAUUAUAAGUUAAUGGGUUUUAGAUAAAUGUUCUAAAUAUUUAGAUAGUGUUAUCUAUAAUAUGGAAUUAGCAAUUAAAGAGGAUGAAUAAGAUUUAGAGAAUUUUGUUAGUGUUUAAGAAAAAUAAGCAUAAUUAGUGAAGAGAUAAACAUUUUUAGCCAAAGCUUAUUUACAAUAUACAGCAAUUUUAAGCCAAAUGGGAAAGUAAUUGAAAAAGAAUAAUUGAUAGGCAUAAUAAAGCACUUAUCAAUUCAUAAAAAGCAGCCUCGAUUAUGAGAGAGUUGUUUAAGAUAGCGAAUUAAUUCUGUUAAUAAUGGUUGCAGAGUAAUGGAUCUUCAGGGACUGCCACUACUUCUUAAUCAAAUAUUUCAAUUAGAAGCAAUCAAUAAGAAUAAUAAUAAUUAGAUUAACAUAAAUAGAAGAGAGGCCAAAAGUAUAGGAUGAAGGAUGAAAUUGAAUUUAGUAGAUUAGUAAUUGAUGGAGCAUAAGAUAUAUUAAAGGAUAUGAUAAAAUAAGUUGAUCUUGAAAAAAUUCCUGUUAAUGAAAAAUAAUUAUUAAAAGAGGCUAAAAAGUAAUUAUAUUAUUGGAGAAAUAAUCCAGAAAAUAAUGAAAAACAUUUAAGAAAAGAAUUGAAAUUAGUAUCUUAGAAUGAAGAAUAUAGAUCAUUAUUGGGAAUUCAAAAUAUAGCAGAAUGGAUUAAGAAUUUUAAUAUUGGAUCUAUAAUGCAUAUGGCACCUUAAAUUUAUGAUGAUUUUACACAAUUUGGUGAAAUGAUUUAUGAAUUAGCAAAAAGAUAAAUUUUAGAAAAAGUAAUCUAUUUUUCUAUUUCAUAUUUUACUAUAGCUACUGAAUUAAGAUUUAUAGAAUUAGAAAAAGCUAAAUAAAUGGGUUUGAAAGAAGAUAAAAUAGAUACUGAAGAAUUUAAAUUAAGUGAGUUAUAUCACUUAAAAUCUAUUGAAAUAGCUUGUCGUCAUAUAACAACUUAAUCUCCUUAUAUUAGUCAUCUAAUUACUAGUUAUCAUAAACAUUAUAAUAUUAAUUUAGAUAUAAUAAAAGAAGAAUCUAUAUUAUCUAAUAUUUCUGAAAAAUAAAGUAUUGUUAAUCAAGAAAGUAUUUAAACUUAAAAAUAAAAUUAAAUAUUAUAGAUACAAAUUAAUAAUGAUAAUAAAAAUAUUAUUAAAUAAGAUUAAUCUCCUAAAUUAACUAAUAAUUUCAUUACUAAAUUUUUGAAUUCUAGAUCUCCACCAAAAACAUAAUAGUAAUCUAAAAUUAAAAAUAUAAUUAAAAAUUAAGCUGAUUUGAUUGAAUAAAUGAUUAAUUAGAAAAGAGGAUCUGAUUACUCACCUUCUAAUUAAUAAAAUAAUCAUAUAAAUUAAGGAUAAUUAGAUUUUAGUAUGUAUCUUAAGAAAUACUCUAAUCCUUGUAAUACUAGUAAUAGCAAUAUCAAUUCAACUUAAGAUUUCAUUAAUAGUACCAUGACUAUUUAAUUGUAGCCUCAUAAGAAUAAUCCUAAUUUCAGAUCAAAUCCUAUUUAAUAAUAAAGUCCUACAAAUAACAGUGGUUAAUUAAAAUCCUUACUUUCUGAUGUAUGUAGAACUGAGAGAUAGAAUGGAAUUGAUAAAUAAAAUUCACAUACUCCAAUUAGUUAUAGAGUAAAUAACAGAUCUCCUGAUUCAUCUUAUAUCAAUUCUUAAAAACUAAAAUAAUAGUAAUUACAUUUAAAUAAAACUCCAUAAAAUCGACCUAGAACUAAUACAGAAUAAUAGUAACCAUGUACUCAAUAUAUAAAUUAUAGGUUUUCCAUUUAAAUUUGAGACUAUUCAAUUGUUACUGAAGAAUAAAGGAAACAUUUCAAAAUAAAAGUGA